CGUGACAGUCAACUAUGGCUUCUCUCUCGUAGUGAUGGAGGCGCAUCGGUGACAACAAAACACAACUGUAACUUUGCACAUUUAUUCCCCCCCCUGACCAAAGUUGGACUUACGAUGCAGAAGAUCAAGUCUCUCAUGGCCCGACAGGGCCUGAAAAGUCCCCAGGAAAGCAUGGCAGACCUGAGUCCUGUGGAGAACCUGAGGAUCCCCAGCAAGGAGGAGUUGCGGGAGGUGAGGGAGCAGCCCAUCGACCCCCAGGCGGAGCAGGAGAUGAUCGACAGCAUCGAGGAGCUGUACUACUCAAACGACUCCUUCGACAUGGUGCAGCACGAACUGGAGAAACUACCCCCUGAGCUAAACCUGCAGGAGCUGGAGGAGUACAGAGACAAGCUGAAGAAACAACAGACAUCAGUAUCUAAAAAGGUUGCCGAUCUCAUUCUGGAGAAACAGCCUGCUUAUGUCAAGGAACUGGAGCGAGUGACAUCGUUGCAGACCAACCUGCAGCUGGCAGCGGUCAUUUGCACUAAUGCAAGAAGGCAACUGAGCGUCUCGAAGGAAGAAUUCACAGAAGCCAGCCUGGGUCUUUUGGCCAAUCAGAGGAGGCGGCAGCUGCUGACUGGCCUGCUGAAGUCACUGAGGACCAUCAAGACGCUGCAAAGAACAGAUGUGAGACUCAGCGAGAUGCUUGAGGAGGAAGACUAUCCAGGUGCGAUCCAGCUCUGUCUGGAAUGUCAAAAGGCUGCCAGCACCUUCAAACACUACAGCUGCAUCAGCGAAUUGAAUUCCAAACUACAAGACACUCUGGAGCAAAUAGAGGAGCAGCUUGAUGUCGCCCUGUCGAAGACUUGUAAGAACUUUGAUGUUUCGCACUACACCAAGGUCCAGCUGGCCUACACUCUCCUGGGAAAGACACAGACUGCUAUGGACCAGCUGCACAUGCACUUCACCCAGGCCAUCCACAACACAGUGUUCCAGGUGGUGCUGGGAUACGUGGAGCUGUGUGCUGGCAACGCUGAUACCAAGUUCCAGAAGAUGCAGUAUAAAGACCUUUGCACGCACAUCACAAUGGACAGCUACAUUCCCUGCCUGACGGAUCUCUGCAAGGCAUUGUGGGAGGUGAUGGUGAGCUACCACCGCACCAUACAGUGGCACGAGGAGCAUGACAAACAGGACAGCUCACACACUCCAGGUGACGCAGCAGAGUCUGAUGAGUCGGUGGUGGACCGCAGCUAUGUCAAGAAGAAGCUGGAGCAUGGACUGACACGCAUCUGGCAGGACGUCCAGUUGAAAGUGAAGGCCUAUAUCUUGGGGACAGACAUGUCUAACUUUAAAUACGAUGAUUUCAUCGUGGUACUUGAUGUCAUCAGCAGGUUGAUGCAGGUGGGGGAGGAGUUCUGCAGCAGUAAGUCAGAGGUCCUGCAGGAGUCUAUCAAACGCCAGAGUGUCAACUAUUUUAAAAACUAUCACAGGGCACGACUGGAAGAGCUGAGGAUGUUUCUGGAAAAUGAGACGUGGGAACUUUGCCCAGUCAAGUCUAACUUUAACAUCUCCCAGCUCCAUGAGUUUAAGUUCAUGGGCCAGUGUCGUUCUCCGUCCGUUUCCCCGAGCAGACAGGCCGUUUCCUCCAGCAGCCCGGCUCAGGACGAGCUGUCCUUGUUUCAGCAGUUUCUUCAGGAGGGAAACCCCUUUGAGCUGCCUACUGAAAAAGAGGAGGAGACAGAGGACGUGCUGGCAUCCAACGGGUACGAGUCGGACGAGCUGGAGAAGAAUGUGUAUCAAGACUACGACAGCGACAGUGAUGUCCCUGAGGAGCUCAAGCAAGACUACGUUGACGAGCAGACGGGCGAUGCCCCCCUCAAGAGUGCGUCCAGAGAGACCAUAAGAAGCAAGAAAAGGUCUGACUACAACCUUAAUAAGGCCAACGCGCCGAUCCUCACAAACACCACCCUCAACGUCAUCCGGCUUGUCGGGAAAUAUAUGCAGAUGAUGAGCAUUCUGAAGCCGAUCGCCUUCGAUGUCAUCCACUGUGUGUCGCAGCUCUUUGACUACUACCUGUAUGCUGUUUACACCUUCUUCGGACGGAAUGACAUGUAUGAGUCAUCGGGUCUGGGGCUUAUCAGCAGCAGACUGAGAACCACUCUGAACCGGAUCCAGGAGAACCUCAUUGACAUGGAGGCAUUGGGAGAGACUUCAGGAGUCCAUGGAGCAGUGGAGGACAGGAAGGAGAAGGUGCCCAGCCCCCACCUCAGCCAAAUGGUGGUCCUCACCAACAGUGGGACUCUUUAUGGGCUCGCACAGAGAGUGGUGGCCACUGAAUCUCUGGUGUUUCUGGCUGAACAGUUUGAAUCCCUUCAGUUCCACCUGGACACGAUGAUGCCGGCAGCCAAGAAGCCCUUCCUGCAACAGUUUUACUCCCAGACAGUUUCUACAGCCAGUGAACUUCGGAAACCAAUUUACUGGAUUGUUGCGGCUAAGGCCAUCGACUAUGAACAAAUGUUGCUCCUGAUGGCUGGAGUUAAAUGGGACAUUAGGGAGAUAAUGUCCCAGCAUAAUGUAUACGUGGACGUCCUGUUGAAGGAGUUCGAGCAGUUUAACAAACGUCUGGAGGAUGUUUCCAGACAUGUACGAAUCCCCCUGCCUGUGUCCAACGUCCUGUGGGAGCACUGCAUCCGCCUGGCCAACAGGACUCUAGUAGAGGGCUAUGCUAAUGUGAAGAAAUGCAGCAAUGAGGGCCGGGCUCUGAUGCAGCUCGACUUCCAGCAGUUCCUCAUGAAGCUGGAGAAGCUGACCGACCUGCGACCCAUCCCUGAUAAAGAGUUUGUCGAGACCUACAUCAAGGCCUACUACCUGACGGAGAACGACAUGGAGCAGUUUAUCAAGAACCACAGGGAGUACUCCAUGAAGCAGCUGGCCAACUUGGUGAACGUUUGUCUGGGUUCACAUAUUAACAAGAAGGCUCGUCAGAAACUGCUGGCCGCCAUCGAUGACAUUGACAGACCCAAGAGAUAGGCUGAUGAACGUAGCAGACCCUGAACACAUCAUCCAGCCACGGAGACGGACACUCCAACAGAGGAACUCCCACAGUGGAGCGCAGCGCUGAAUGUCUUCAUUUUCACUUCAUAGCGAAUAUGUUGUUGUGUUUGACCUGUAGCACAUACAGACGAAGAGCUCCUGUAGGCAGAGAUGUAAAGCUCAAAUGUUAGCCAAAUGCUAAUAUCUGUUAUUGUGGUAAAAAAUAAAACAUGAUGUCACUCGUGAAAUUCUGAUGAACAUUAAUACUAACACUCUCAAUCAUGCUGCAGUUACUCUAUGCUUACAGUAGAUGAACCAUAAUGCAUGCCCCCAUCAAGUUUUCAUUUAACAAACAUGAAAGCUGAAAGUUUUCCUACAAAUUGUCUGCAACAACAACAACAACCAUUUUAACCUCUUUAACGACCAUAAGCAACAGAUAUAUUACUACAAACACAAGAUCUAUCAGUGUAAUGUGACCAUUUGGCUGUUUAUGGCAUUCCAUCUGUUUAACAGAAUGUUCUUAAUUUUCUGAUACAACUCUAACCUUGAGCUGAAUUCAUUUGUCGCAUAAUGUUGUAAAGUGUUGUGGUAAUAUCGUCCCAAGGAUAGAUCCAAGAAGUGUAAGGCACCUUUACUUUCUGAAGUGAAGCUUUGGCACACGGGUUGAUUGAUAUCCAAUAGAUCUCACGUUAAUCAUUCAUUACAUAAGUUAUUCCCUCCUUAAUGUCCAGUGUUUUUAUUUCACUUCAGGGUAUUUGUUGUGCCUGAACUCUCUGCUUCUUUUUUCUGUUUCUUUUGUCGAUGAAUUACAUAAAUCUAAUAUAAUGAAGGUUCUGAAAAUAAUAUAAAUUGCUGUAGUUGGCAUUAACAUAGAGUAAAUCUGCACUAGCUGCAUUUGUUUGUUUUCCAUUCGUCAAAUAUGAGGUUUGUGAAAGAGAUGAUCUUGACAUUCAGUCUCCGGCCUUUUCGCUGCGUAAGUGCUGAAGUAACAGUUUUUGAUAUGGCUUAAAAAUUGUGUGUUGCAACUAUUACAAAAAGAAAACUGUAAAUGUGAAUGUUUUGAACAACGUCAGUAUUUAUUUCUCGCUUUGUGUCUCGUUUGGGUUUUUAUAUGAUAACUGGACGUGUGCUUGUCAUUUAUCACCUCUCAGUAACUUAGUAACUUAUCACCUGAAGCUAAUGCAAAUAUUUAAACAUUGUCAAAUCAAGUGCACUAUAGUGAAAAUCAGUAAUCGAUGUUGGACGUGUAGGUUGAACCAAAAUGAUUCUGUGGUAAUAAACACACUAACAAUGGA